AUGAACUCCCUCCGCCUGGAGGCUGACGAAGCUGCCGCAAAGGUGGAAGAGCUUCAGGCCAAGGUCAAGACUCUUGAGCAAGAGAACCUAUCCAAGGAGCAGGAGAUCACGUCACUGCAGCACAAGAACAACCUGCUAGAAGGCGAGGUGGAGAAGCUCGAAUCGGCCACCAAGGAUUUCAAGAAGGCCGCUGACGAGGGUCAACAACACGGCACUCAGAACGAGACCCUCCAGCGGCGACUCCAGCUGCUCGAGGAGGAGGCCGAGGAUGCCGACAAGACUUUGCGGGAAGCUAACGAGAAACUCCGACAGACCGAUGUCAAGGCUGGACACUUCGAGCGCAAGGUGCAAGCCCUAGAGCAAGAACGCGAUCAAUGGGAGCAAAAGUACGAAGAGAUGGCGAAGAAACACUCGACUUUGCAGAAGGAGCUGGAGGAGCUUCAGAACGAAAUUGGCAACAUUUAA